GACGAUGUCUUCAGCAGCCCAGGCCCCCAGCUUGGUUUCCCAAUGCACUCAAUUGCAUGCCUAGGCGACUGUUCCGUACCGUGGCGAAUCCGCUUUGACAACAAUCAUCGACUGCACGUGGAGAGCGUAUUGGAAGCCAAGGAACAUUAAUGAGCAGCCCGGUUACCACUCGCUCCCCUGCUCGAUUGCUCGACAGCUAUCAUGCAUCUCCAGUAUUUGCGAAACAGACAGUGAAGCGACUUGACGUUGCGAUCAGAAUGACCAGGUCUAGUGUCGGCGAAGGGCACUGCGCUUGCCUGGUGACACCAUUCACCUACGAGUAUUUGACAGAAUCGGAGCCGAGACGGUUCGCUUUACACACUCCUGUCCGAGCCUCACAUUCUUCAUCUUCGACUCGAGACACCUGUGCGAAGUUGACAAGUCAUCCCAUGAGACCAGAUUUGCAACUGACACAUAAGGGCACGGAUGUCACUUUCAAUUCUGCUCUCUGUGAUGUAGCAAAGCUCACGAGCAAGCAGAUGAAAUUAGGCGACAUCUACAAGCAGAGCAUUGAUGCAGUGAAGGUGUCUCGAGCCCCCUAGUGAGUGUAAUAAUUGUAAUACCUGUGGC